UAUUACUGUAUACGCGAGGCGAGACGCGCCAACUGUUCGAUACAGUCACUGCGCUGCAUAGUUUGAUAAAUGCGAGCAAGAAUAUAGACAAGGAAGCAAGGAUAGCGGCGGUAUCAACGACUGGUGCUAUUAUGGGCGCCACAGGAAGCAAGGUGCUAUCACUAUUCGCUGAAACGGCUGCUCACUUAAACAAAGUCAUCAAAACAAGCAACAAUCCGUUAUUAUUACGAUUAGAGGCUGUCAAUGCAUUUACGUUAUUGCUGAAGGGUGCAGGAAAAGCAGCAACGGAGCCAAUAUUAAAGGAGUUGACAAAGCAUCUUAAACACGGAUUGGUGGACAAAGCACUUGUUAUGCGUGUUGCUUGUGCACAGUGCAUGCAAGCUGUCAUCCAACACGCAAAACAAACCUUUACACAACAUGACGUCGAAAACCUACUGCAGCUCUUCCUCAAGGCCUUUGAAAGCUCCACAUUCCCAGUUCGUCGGGCCGUAUCAUCACUUUGUGCCACGCUACUCGCUUUCACACAGACGACUGCAACAACUGAUCCAAACAAACCCAACAUCAAACACGCUACGACUGGCGAAGAAGCAAACAAUGCUCGCGGUGCUGCCGAUAUUCAGCCAAACAGCACGCUUAUGACCGUGGAUGAAAUGCUGAACUUGCUGUCAACAAACUAUAACCGACCGAACGUGUCACGCGAAUUUAAGAUCGGCAUUAUCGAGACCUACGCAACUUUGUUUGUGCUGCUAGGCACAGAAUUUGUCGAAAACAACUAUGCUGUGAUUGCACGCCAUAUCCUGAAGGAAUUGCUGGAUGGAACAAAGCAAAGCCUUGCAUCAUCGGACGGAUCAUUUGCGCGUGCACAGGUAUUCUUUUUGCUGCACAGCACAAUCGGCAAAAGACUGCUUAGUGAACAAGGCCAGGCGAUGGCGAUUCGGCAUCUCGUUGCAGAGUGGGUCAAGAGCUGGCCGCCGUUGAAACGCAACCAGUUGCCUCCCAACAAACAUGCAUUGAUCUGUGCAACCAAUUUGAUAUCAGCACUUGUGUGCGAGCUUGGUGGUGGUGCCAAUGCUGUUAAGGAUAUUGUGGUCGAUCCGCUUUUUGUCCUGCUAACUCACCCGAGCUUCGCCGUACAAACGGCAGCUGCUUGGUGCAUUCGAUGCGUAUGCUACUCCGUCCCGUCUAACCUUCCGUACCUAUUACCGCGCGCACUCAACUCGCUCGAAAAGGAUCUAUCCAAUAUGUCCAACCCCAGCACAACCCCCGAGCUUCUACGUCGAACGAUUGCUUAUGCAUAUACCCUCGGUGCAAUCAUGAGCGUAUUUCCAGCACGACCCAUCUACACAUCCUUUGAACUGAGCGCACGCGCCAUGUCACUCGCCACACAACUACUAAAGAACCCGAGUAAGUCGGCUCAUAUUGCCAGCAUUCAAAGCCAAGUAGCAUGGAUCCUUGUUGGUUCUUUGAUGUGUCUCGGUCCAAACCUGGUCAAGCUACAUUUGCCCCAACUAUUGCUCUUAUGGAAAAGUGCCCUGCCAAAGCCAACGGGAAAGGAAGCCAAUGCGAUUCGCGCUGAAGCAGAGUGGUCCUUUUUGUUCCAUGUUCGCGAGUGUGCCAUCAGCUCUAUCUACAGCUUCCUUGUGCACAACAGCAACACUCUUGUCACGCUCGAUGUUGCUAAACGCAUUGCAGCUCUUCUCAACAACACACUUGCUUUCCUUGCCACUGCACCCAACACUUUCUCGACUACUACCAUGUCACCAUGUGUUCCACAUCAAACCAAGCUGAUUGAUCAAUAUUAUAUGCUUCGUCGACGCAUCUUCCAAUGCUUUGUCACGAUACGACCACUCCUAUCCACGUACGAGUCGUCGCUGACUAGUUUGCUGCGUAACUCUCUGAACGUAUUUAUUGAAUCUGAUAAAGUCCAUCCGUCAUCGGGUGCUCACGCGCAAGUCACCGCAUCGGUUCCGGGUCAAUUUGUCAGCGUAUGGAGCUCUGCGGAUGGCCAUGGUUACGGCGUUACAAGCAAAAUGCAAGGAUACAGGGUUGAUGUUGCCAUGGAGAACGAGGAUGAUCUUGGGGAAGAUGGCGGGGAUAGUCUUGGCAAUCAUAGCAAAGAAUGGGUGACCAAAGAUCGUUUCCAGCGCAUCGAAGAACUACUAGAGCGACCCAUUAUCGGUUCGGUAGAGCUGGAUCCGAUCUAUAUCUAUACCACAUUCGCUUCCACGGCAGCUGACGGGGGCGAAGCGUUAGUCUUGCCACGUCCCGUUGCGCCAUCUACCGGCUAUAUCGAUACCAGCAUUGAGUUGUUUGCCACCUUGUUUCCAAGCCAGCCUCCUCCCGUACAAGAAUCAACGUUCGAACAUAUCGCCAGUGUGGUUAAGGAUGCCAGAUUGGAAAAGAAUUCGCCCAAACGCGCCGCAGUGCUGGUCAAUGUGACAGUGGCUUUACUGGGUGCGUUCAAGAACAUGAUGUCUUCAGCGAACAAAAAAACGACACACGGCAUUGCAAGUGGUCGUGCCACGCAACUAGUCCAAGAAAUUUUGAUGGAAGCAAUUGUGCAUCCAGACCCGUAUCUGCGUAAUGCUGCAAGUGAAACGAUUGGAAGACUCACUGCGAUCCUGGGCGGUUCCUUUGUCGCCGCACAAAUGCAACAGCUUGUUGAUCUUGUUGUCAGCAACCGUGAUCCGGAUGUCCGUGCCGGCUGUGCACUCGCCAUUGGCUACAUCUAUACUCAUGUCGGCGGCAUGGCUGCUGCACCACAUUUGAAAACACUCUUUGGUAUCCUUGUCUCUUUGAGCAGCGAUCCACACCCGGUGGUCCAUGCCUGGGCCCUUGAAGCGAUUGCUAUGACCGUCAGUGCGGCUGGAUUGAUGUUUUCUACAUAUGUCAACAGUACCCUCGGCAUGGUCGCCAAAUUGUACCUGAGUGAGACGCACGAACCUGGUAGCGGAUCUGUUGCCGUUUCCAAUGCUGGUAUGAGCGUUGGCUUCUCUGCAUACCAAGAGUUUGGCCGGAUUAUCUACGAACUGAUCGGCACAUUGGGUCCUGAGCUGCAAGCCUCAUUCAAGAUCCGGGAACUUUGCUUGAACAUGGUCGAAGAACUGAAGCUGGAGCCUGACGAGCGCGUUAAUGUGGAAGCCAUCCGAUGUAUUCAGCAUUUUCUUAUGUUCGCGCCACAGCAUCUCAAUACCCAAGAACUUGUUCCAUACCUACAGAGCCAGAUUGUGAGCUUGCAUUUGCCACUAAAAAAGGCCGCUGUCACCUGUCUGUACCAGUUGGUGCAGCGAGAUGCCGAGCUUGUGUUCAAGGCUGCGCAGCCAGGCCUCGAUACCGAAUUGUUCAAGAUGCUCGACACGGAUCCAGGGUUAUCGGACGUCAAAAAUGUGAUUCGUAGCUGGCUCAAGGAAACCGCAUUGCACGAACCAUCCGUGUGGGUCAAUAUUACCAAGCGUAUUAUGUCGGGUACAAACAAACCGGAUAAGACCAAGCCAGGUGCAGGCGCAGCAUCAGAAUUGGAUCCACCGGUGGACCCCGGCCGUGGUGGUAGCUUUGAUGGUCCAGCUGGCCUCAAUGACAACGAGGAUGAUUUCGAUGAUGACGGAUUCGGGGAUGAUGACGGCGCUGGAUUUGGUGACGAAGGGCAAGUGGAUAUCACUACAACGGUUGCAGACGCAUCGGGUAUGACAUCCAGACUGACAGUCAAUGUCGAGAUCCCGCCUCGUUGGCGUACGCAGUUGUUUGCUUUACAAUGUUUGCAAAAGACUAUCGAGAUGAUCUCCUCCAGCGGCACGCGAGAACACUUUGACCUGAUUUAUGCGCGUGCACGACGCCAGCAAGCUGGUUUUGGUGAUUACUUGGUGUUCCGAGUGCCUGAUUUGAUCAAACUUUCUUUCACUGCUGCCACUGCUCAUGUCGAUGAGCUUCGUUUGGCGGGUAUUUCUCUUUUGAGGAUGGUGAUCGAGAAAUUUGCUGCCACUGCUGAUCCAGAUUUGGAAGGAACAUUGCUGCUUGAGCAAUAUGCAGCUCAGAUCGGUGCUGCAUUGACACCUGCUUUUGGGGCCGAUUCAUCUUCGGAAAUUGUUAGUGCCGCUGUCCGUGUAUGUGCCAUCUAUGUUGGUAGUGGUAUUGUCAAGGAUUUAUAUCAGCUCGGAAGAGUAUUGAAACUACUGGUGUCGUCUUUGGAUAAAGUCAAGAGCGAGAGCGAAUUGACAGGAGUGGGCGAAGUCAAGGAUCUGAGUCCCCAUGCUUCAGUCAUGGUGAAGUUGUCGGUUUUGAAUGCCUGGGCCGAGCUUCAGGUGUCUAGCCACCGACAAGAUUAUUUGCGACAGAUUCUUCAACCCAAUCUGUCAGCAUUGAGUCCAUUAUGGCUGCGCUCGCUUCAAGAUUAUGCUCGCAUUCGGCUAGAGUCAGAUAUCGUCGCACUGACGAGUAGCGCUGAAGGUAUCCAGACUUCGUCUAGCGGUGGUAUUGAGUCAAUGUAUUCGGCUGCGACCAAGCAGGUCGUGCUACCAUACUACCGCAAGUCGUGGCUCAAGAUCAUGGAAGCGGUCGCCAGCUUGAUCGAAAGCAGUGCUCCUUCGAUGCUGGAUGCAUUAGCCAAGAACCCAGAUGCUGAACAAACCGAACUAGACAAGCCCUCCAAUCUGUUUAGCGUUCUGUUUGGUCUUUGUAUCGAAAGUUUGUCACGGAUAUCCAGCUCGAGCAGCGGCCGGUCUGAUGUAUCAACAAUGGCAAUUUGCUUGAAAGCCCUUAGGACAUUCAUUCAACCCUCUUUGGCGGGACAACACUUCUUACCGAAAGCCAUCUUUUUGGAAUUGAUGAAUGUCUUUGAUAGACUGAUCCAGACAGAAGGCUAUCGCAUUCAGCUCAUCAUUAUUGAACUUAUCCAACGCUUGACCAAUAACUAUGGCGCUCAAUACUUGUGUGAUGACCUCAACGGUGAAAGUGAUGAUAUGGAUGUUGACCGAGCAUUGGAGCCUGGUGCAUUCCCUUCAACGGCUAAACUUUACUAUGUUUUACGCUUAUUGAUCAACGUAUUUCUGCAAACGUUACCAAGUCUGACCACCACCAAACGAUCUUCAUCUAGCGCAAACCAAGAACAAGUCGCGAUUUUAUUGGGCCCUUGCUUAGAUGAGCUAGGCAUGCUUGUAAACAUCGCUCCCGCGAGCUACAAGAUCGAUUUAUUGGCUAUUUCUUUUUACAUUUUCUCAGAAAUUUUGCGAGAUAGCAAAUUGGAAACAUUGUUAGCACCACGCGUUCUUGUCUCGCUCAAGUCGACAUUACCCCAACUUGAGUCAUCACUUGAAUCUGCCGAAAAGCGAACUCUGUCGCGUGUUACUUGUGCCAUGCUGCAUUCACUCUUGGAUAACCUCUUUAACGAGGGAACCCAAGUCAAUGAAAAUAUGCUCAAGAACAAACUGCUAGCAUCGGUGUUGAUUAUCACGGGCUGCCCUGAGGCAAGCAUCCAUGACACCGAAGGCCGAGGCGUGUUUGUCGAUAUAAUGAGACAUGCCUUGCAGAGUGAAAACAAAGAGGUUGCCUUAACAGCACAUCAGUGUAUGCGUAUGCUGAUCAUGUUGCCGGAAAAGAAAUCCGAUUCGCCUACUUCCGUAUCACUAGGCAAAUCCCUGUUGAGUGCACUGAUACCGACCAUUGUUCAACAUUUGCUUUCCUUCCAAAAGCUAUCCAGUGUUUCGGACGAGCAGUUGGUGCUGUUGAAUGAAGAUGUCAAGACAUUGGUAACACUGCCAACAGCUGCUGCUGAUGAUAAAGAACGAUCAUUAUUACUAAGCAUCGUAUUACCGACAUUGACUGUCUUGAUGGAUCCGUCUGCGUCAGAAACAACGCCUGUCCAUCGUACAGUUGUGGCUCAGAUUUUGACAUUGGCCACUAGCACGCCAUUGGCGUUCAAAGAUACCGUCUCAGAAUUGCCUGAUCAUGUCCGUAUCAGAUUGGAAACAUCAGUUCGACAAAGUGUCAUGUCGAAUCAAGAGCAACAGCAGCAGCAACAACAGCAAAAGCAACGACGGCAAGAAGAAUUGCAGCGUAGUGAAGAUACCAAACAGCCCACGAUCCACUUGAAGACGGAUUUCAGCAACUUUGCAUGAUUAUGACUAAGAGAAAUACGAUGAAUUUUUUUUAAUUGUUAAAGUGUUUUCUUUCUUUAUAUAUGUAAAAGUAACUUAUGUUUUUACCACCAUCUAU